GCCUGUGAGUGGAGAGCUCCCAGAAGCUUAUAACGUCACAGAGCAUUGACAGAUCCUCCUCCCAAGCACAACUGUUGUAGACGAGAGAAAGAAGGAGCAGAGCGCAGGAGAGGGAGCAGAGACUGCAUGGAGAGCAAGCUUUCAGAAGCUGAACAGAUAACCACCCUGAGGACAUUCAGACAUAUCUGACACUUUUCCAGACGCUCCACAUAAAAUAUACACAUUCUUAGUAUGCCUUUAUAUGACUAGCUGGUGGAUUGAUACUAUGGGUUAAAGUACCGAGAAGAUACAACAUGUGGAAAGCCAUGAACUGUGGAGCCUUCACCUUAUUUCCCAUUUGUCCUAAUAACAGGAUUUGAAGCAGAGAGCCAUGGAGAAUGUGUCCCUGCUGAGUCCUCACAACAUAUCUUGUAUUCUUGGUAGUGUAACUACGCAUAUCACUAACAAUGAGCUACCCCCUGACUUUUAUAUCAUUCUCCCUGUCAUCUACUCUGUAAUUUGUGUGGUGGGGCUGACGGGGAACACCGCUGUCAUCUAUGUCAUUCUUAAAGCCCCCAAGAUGAAGACUGUCACCAACCUCUUCAUCCUGAACUUGGCGAUUGCAGAUGACUUGUUCACUCUUGUUCUUCCCAUCAACAUUGCAGAGAUCCUGCUACAUUAUUGGCCCUUUGGGGUUGUCCUCUGUAAAAUCAUCUUGUCUAUAGAUUUAUACAACAUAUUUUCGAGCAUCUUUUUCUUGACUGUCAUGAGUAUAGACCGGUUUCUAGUAGUUCUGGCAACUGUAAGGUCUAAGAGGAUGCCUUAUCGCACCUACCGAGCGGCAAAGAUCAUCAGCAUUCUAGUCUGGGUAUUGGUGAUUGUCAUCGUGCUGCCUUUCACCAUUUUUGCUGGCGUUUACAUGGAUGACAUGGAAUUUAAGAGCUGUGGACUGAACUUUCCCAAACCAGAAAAGCUAUGGUUUAAGGCUAGUCGUAUCUAUACCCUGUUUUUGGGGUUUGCAAUCCCAGUUUCCACCAUCUGCAUCUUGUACAUGGUCAUGUUGUACAAGCUACGGAACAUGAGGUUGAAUUCCAAUGGAAAAGCCUUGGAUAAGGCCAAGAAGAGAGUCACCAUUAUGGUCUUUGUUGUCGUGGCAGUUUGCCUAUUCUGUUGGACUCCUUUCCAUCUGGCCACCAUUGUAUCACUCACUACCGAUUUGCAGGAGACCUCUUUGGUCAUUGGAAUCUCUUACUUUAUCACAAGUCUGAGCUAUGCCAAUUCUUGCCUCAACCCUUUCCUUUAUGCCUUCCUGGAUGACAGUUUUAGGAAAAGCUUUCGAAAAUUAUUGGAAUGCAGAGCAACUUGAGAUUGGAAGGACUUCAGGGUCUGGUUAUUCAAUGAACGUAAAAAGCAUUUCUCACAAAAUAUAGUAAAUGUAACUCCUCGAUUCAGACUAGUUCGUCAAGAUGUUAAAAAUUAUAUACAGCUUUUUUUAUAAUUUUUUUUUUACUUAUAACAGUUUUUAGAAAAGCUGGAUAGCAAGUUAUAUGGCUGUCAUUAAAGAUCUAAUGGUGAAUAAAUUGCCUGUAACCCAAUUUAUAGCUAAGAAUCAGCAGAAUAAAAAAAAAAAAAAAUAAAUUACUGAAGACAGAAUUGUAUACGUAAAGAGACGGGCACCACCAGAAGACAGAAUUGUACACAUAAUAUUACAGAAGAGAAGACCAAAAAAAAAUCCUAGUUUGUUCAUUGUCCUAGCCUAAAAUGUUGUGUUAUAUCAGAUUUUGUAAGGUGCCCCAUACUGCAAUGAGGAGAAGGGUUUGAGGCUCUCAGACCCCCCUGCUGGAAGGAUAUACAGGCUAAAGAGUUCAUUUCAAGACUUUAUUGUUUUUUUGUUUGUUUAUUUUUUUUUCUAGAUGUUAGUGAGAAAUGCUGUUUAGUUCGUGGCCCAAGAGUAUCUUGACCAUACCACAUAUUUAGAUUUUACAGUAGUAAGGCAAUUUAUUUAGUUGGAGACCACAAAGGUGGAUAAUCUCUAGAGCGGAGGUCCUGUUGCGAUCUCUACUGCCGGUUUUCUUCAGAAUUGGCUGCAUUUUGGCUCUGCUCCAUUGGAACACAACUGUACAAUGACUCCAGUACCAGUGGCUCAAUUUAGAGUCUAAGUCAUUCCUGCAUGCUUAAUACUGCAGCUCUGCUUGUUCUGAUUGGCAGCUAUGUACUACCACAACCCCAGCACAGGCUCAGUAAGGGUCUAUUCACAUGGCAGAAUUUCCGCUUGUGGAAUUCCGCAUCAAAUUAAAGCCCAUAGACUUCUAUGGGAUUCCGUAUUCCCAUUCACACUUCUGAAUUUCCGCUUGCGGAAAUUCUGCCAUGUGAAUAGACCCUAAGAAUCAGUGCACUUAUAGAGGAUUACAACUUGCCAGAAACUAAACCACCAGUUGUGACCAGAAGAAAUUUAGACAGAUUUGGGGAAAUGAUCCUCAACCAGGGACUUAGAGAUAUGCUUUUAGUUAGUGACCUAUGAAGAUAUAUAAAAAAAAAAGGUUUAAGAACAGCUUUGUUGUAUUUUUAUUGUUUUUAGUCUUUUCUUUCAUUUUCCAUAGCUUUGAAACAAAUGUAACUAUGGACAGUUCAGAAUAGCUCAGCACAGUUUUCGUAGCUGCCUUCUA